AGCUAUGAGUCACAGAGCGAGAUGGGAGGAGACUGGAGUAGAGAGAGAGAUGGAGGGAGGAGGGAUGGAGGUAUAAUUAUGGUAGGAGGCUGCCAGGGCGAGAGAGAGGAGAGAGAAGCAGAGGAAGAGAAAGAAAGAAGAGAGCGGGGAGAGAAAUAGAGAGAGUCCAGCCCACUCCGGUAAAACCAUUCAACUGGUGAGCGAGGGAACGCAUUCAACAGAGAGAGAGAGAGGAAAAGAGGUAAAAAGAGAGAGAGAGGAACUCCCUUCGUCUGGGAUAACUUAGUCAAACUGCCUCUUGAACACACACACACUCUGAACACACACUCUGCAGAGGCUUCACCCCGGGAACAAGGAUCCUCCCGCACUCCAGAGUUUUUCCUUCUCUGCUUUUCCAUCAUCCAUUCAUCACAUCUGAGAGUUUUUCCUCUUCUUCUUCUUCUCCUCGAUUUGUUGAUUUUUCUUUUUCUUUCUUUCUUGUGACGCCUCCACAUUUUCCAGCCAUCUGUCCCUGACAAAAAAGAUAAGGAUUACUCAUUUUCUCUCUCGGCGUAGUGUUUUUUUUCUUCUUCUUUUUUGUCCUCCUCUCUCUCGUUUCUUUACAGCUUUUUUUUCCCUCCGGUUUUCGCAGGUGGACUGUGAGCUCAGCUGAACUUUGCAAACUUCUGAGGAGAGAACGAGAGCGAAGAAACACAAAGACAGAAAGAGAGAGAGAGACGGCAGACGAAGGAGAGAAAGUGUUUUAAACAGGAGAAGACUUUUUUGUUCAGACACUUUGGGACAAAACUUGACUUUCUGCAUCUUUACUGUGCAUCUGGCUUCGGCAGCAUCACCAAAUCCAGCCUAGCAGCCAAUCAGGCAUCAUGUCAAUCUUACCUGUGCUCAGCUGGACCGUCCUUCUCCUGGUCCAGACCUGUGGCUCCUCCUUGGACACAGGGUCCAGACUCCAGCCUCCACCUUUAUCUUUGACAGUCCAUCCUCACCACCAACCGCUGCCGGACGCCUCCUCCAGCUCCAACUGCCCCUCCUGUGCCCUGGCCAGGAUGAGGAGAAACGAAGGUGGCGUGACAGCGGCGGAUGACAUGUUGGGAAAUGACCAGGAGGAAGUGGAGGCAGCGCAGCAGGACGUGGUGGAGGCAGUGAAGAGGCACAUCCUCAACAUGCUGCACCUUCAGGCGCGGCCCAACAUCACCCGGCCUGUGCCGCGCGCCGCGUUGCUCAACGCCCUGCGCAAGCUCCACGUGGGGCGAGUGGCGGAGGAUGGAAGCGUGCAGAUCGAGGGGGAGGAGGAGGUGCGAGGGCGGGGUGGCCGUGGAGGAGGGGGAGGAGCAGCGACGGCGGCGGCUCGGGCAGGAGACAGCGGCGAUGCUCAGGAGACAACGGAGAUCAUCACCUUCGCUGAGGCUGGUGAGUCUCAGGGCACGGUGAACUUCGUCCUUUCUAAAGAAGGAGGUGACCUCUCCCUGGUGGAGCAGGCUAACGUCUGGCUCUUCCUUCGUUUGGCGAAGACCAAUCGCAGCCGAGCGAAAGUCAGCAUCCGCCUCUUCCAGCAGCGCCUGCUCCCCAACGGACGCCUGUCCCCGCCGCAGGACGAUGAGCUGUUAGCUGAGAAAACGGUUGAUACGCGCCGCAGCGGCUGGCACACCUUCCCCGUGUCGGCGGCAGUGCAGGCACUGCUGGAGAGCUCUGAGAGCACCACGCUGCGCCUCAGGGUGUCCUGCCCGCUCUGCGCCGACACAGGAGCGACACUCGUCCUGGUCUCCGGCGGCUCAGAGACAUCACAGCGCACCAACCAGCGGGAGCAAUCUCACCGACCCUUCCUCAUGGCAGUGGUACGGCAGGAGGAUGGCAGCGACUCACGACGGCGCCGGAAGCGAGGGCUAGAGUGUGAUGGGAAGGUCCGCGUCUGCUGCAAACGGCAGUUCUACGUCAACUUCAAAGACAUCGGCUGGAACGACUGGAUAAUCGCACCAUCUGGUUACCAUGCCAACUACUGCGAGGGCGAGUGCCCCUCCCACGUGGCGAGCAUCACCGGGUCAACGUUGUCCUUUCACUCCACCGUCAUCAGUCACUACCGCAUGAGGGGCUACAGCCCCUUCCAGAACCUGAGGUCCUGCUGCGUCCCCACUCGGCUACGAGCCAUGUCCAUGCUGUACUACAACGAGGAGCAAAAGAUCAUCAAAAAGGACAUCCAGAACAUGAUCGUGGAGGAGUGUGGCUGCUCGUAAACACGUCUGAACCCCAUCAAACCAGAACAAACUGGGACUGGAGGGGACCCCAGAGGAGGGGGGGGGGGGCUGCUGAACCCCGGAGAGAGAGGUGGAGGGAAAAGAGAAAGAUGAACUUUUGGAUCAUAGUCAAUUUUAUUGUCUGCGUCUGAUUCCUCCUCCCUCCGUCACCCGGGGUCACUCUCUGGAAUAAAAAUUUUCCAUCCUCGUCCAACAGAACUCCGAAAGAGUCUCGAUGGCACUUUCAAAAAAAAAAAAAAAAAAAAA